AGCUUGCAGGAGAUGAUGAUGAAGCGGGAAAAGCGGUAGAUGACCGCAUCGAGGACGGUGCUAGCUGCAUCUGACGAUAGUUGUGCCGUUAAAGAUGCUGCUGCGGUCGCUGACGGCGCUCAUUGCAUUGGGAGGGGUAGUGGCAGCGGCGGCGGGUGAUGAUGUGAUCAACGUGACGUCGCUGCUGCAUGGCGCAUCGCAGUCGCUGCAAGUGGCCGUUCACGCCGGGCAGACCAGGUGCGGGCGGGACACAGACUCAACCACCCACCCGACACAUGGAUCCCUCCCUCGGUGAUCUGAUCUGGUCAUUGACGGCGUGUGUUGGUUUUGAUGUGUGUGGUGUGGCUGCAGCUACAUCCGGUUGGAAGGCAUCGAGGAGAAGAACCAUGACGACCACGGUGAGAUAGAGAAUCGUUCGUUGGCAGCAUGGCCUUCCUUCUCAGUGGAAUACAUGGAGUCUUGUGUAUCGAUCGUAUGUAUGGUUAUGAUGCGCUGCAGGUACUGUGCGUGUGGUGCUUUCGGGCGGCAUGCCAUUCGUGUCGGUGCUGGGCGUCGGGUACACACCUAACAUGUCGACAUACGGUAGGAACACGGACAGCACACAAGACACCACGCACCCAUACCAUAGACAGACACCACAAAGAGUCAGUCAACGUUAAGCGUUCGUUGUGUCCGCUCCGUUCUGGCGCACCGCCCAGAUCGGUCCAACUACUGCGACUGGGUCCAGCGGCAGCACCAGACCACCAUCGACGUCUCCAUGCCCAUAAAGCCGCUCUCGCCCCCGCCCUUCGUGCCCUUCCCCUUCACCGAUCCCUGCGGUGUCUUCGCCUUUCGCCAGUGCAUCGUGUCAGAGCCGCAGCUGGGCGACUGUGUGGCGGCAUCCCUCAAGGGCACACUGCAUGCCGGUUUCAAGCCGCCACCCGAUUUGCACCAACAGCAGCAGCAGCAGCAGCAGCAUGGCAAUAAGUCCCACCACCGCGGUGAUGACAAGAAAGGCCGUCUGCAGGGGUCUAGCGGAGGUGGGUGAGAGUGGCCGGGAAAGGUCGGUCGGUCAUGCCGUCAUCGCGAUCCAUCAUCGACUGUCUGUCUGUCUGUCUGUCUGUGAUCAGUUGGCAAAGCGGUCGAGCGUUGCGUGCAGCAGCAUGCGACUGCCUGCAUCGACCGAGCAGAGGGGCGCCGUUUCCAGCUCAGGUCCAGCAGCCCCGAGUGUGUCAAGCAGUUCGUGCUAACUUUGACGCCGACAGUGCCCAUCAAGCCGCACACUACCGACCAAGAGCAGCAGCAGCAGCCCGCCAAUGACACCAAGAGGGCCGCAUGCGCCGCAUUUGGUAGGGUAUGGUGGCCAGUCAGAGAGAGAGGGGGAGAGAGGGAGAGAGCGGCCGUGUGUUUGUGUGAUUGUGCCUACGUGUGUGUGUUUCUCUCGGUUAUCUAGAGUCGGACUAUGCCAUGUGUCUGGUGCGGGGUCACUUUGCGACGGAGUACGCGAGCGACUUUCUCGACACAGACGACGUUGCCGAGACCUACAUGGACUGCACCACACGCAUGAUCGACCAACACAAACAGGUGACUGACAGUGAGGCAACCAACCCAACACAAAACACGAGGCACCACACACACCACACACCCAAGCGUCGGUCGCAUCAUGGCCAUGUGGGUGUGGGUGUGUGUGGUGGUGUGCAGGCCCUUCGCAAUGCGACAGCCGGCAACAAUCGCACCAUCGAGGAGGCCGCUAGGGGCCUCACUGCCUCCGUGCUGAGUCGCAUCGCGUCCGUGUGUGCCGGCCAGCGCGCAUCCGACUGCCUCAAGCACCCACACACGCCAACACAUGACGACCAGGAGGAGGGCACUGCGACUCCACCCCCUCUCCCAUCUCACAACCAGACCGCCCCCCCGGCCCCCUCAGCGUCGUGUCUGAUGCACACCUUCAGGAACAUGCGAUUCAGGCCACCCCUGCUCGACGAGCACCCAACUGUCGAGACCACCAGCGGCAGCAGCAGCAGCAGCAGCAGCGCAACUAUUGGCCUUCUUCUUAAGCAUGGGGACCUGCAGAGCGGAUCGGUGUUCGUGUCAUGUGUCGCCACCUGGCUCAACGGUCAUCAUGGAGGCGGGGGUGAUGACAUUGCCAUUGACACUGAUGACAUCGGUGCGUCUCGCGAGUCGGCAUGCCACACGCUGGACGGCUUCAUCCCUCUGGGCGCCUUGGCGGCGUCCGAGCCCUCCGCCCCCUCUGCGCAGGCCGUCUCCGACCUGGAGGUCUACCCCUGGUCGGUGGACUCUGACGACAUCGGCAAUGCCAGGAUGCUCAUACGGCUUCGCCAGUCGCUGCCGACGCUGCUGCAUCUCUACGCGGCAGACACUGAAACCGAUGAGGACUAUGAGAGCCGGGGAGAAGACGACACGACACGGCCUCUCAUAUCGACGGACCAUCGGCAGCUGGCCAUGAGAUCCACCAACAGCCACCAACCUCCUCGACUAAGGGCGCCCCUUCUCGCGUUGACGAAGCUGCCCCCGGGCACCGUGGUUCUCACGUGCCGUGGCAGCGAGGCCACCACCCUGCUGGCCUUCGACCAGACGCCCCUGGAGCGCUAUCAAAGGGCCGGAGAAGAGGAAGACUCAAUCUUUUUGGUGGCCCCGCCCCUGGCCGAUCUGGCGGGCGACAGUGUGUGGUAUGCCAUUGUGGCGCCUGAGGACACGGAGGGCGUGACGGUGACACUCAUGAAGGAGAGGCCGGCGCAUAGCGUCCCGGAGCCGCCACAGCCAUAUAAUGGGCCGCCACAGCCAGCAGGGCCAUCGCAUACGAACGUGCCCCACGGGGCCCCUGUGCGCGAGCACCCGCCGUGGGAGACACAGGGGGUCAGCAAACAAACACACACUUCGACGAUGAGUGACCACCACGAUUCAUCUUUCUGUGUGUGUGUGUGUGUGUGCUGGCAGGAGUCGAUAGGGAGCACGAUCCUGCACGUGUUUCGCGGCAUCUUGGUGGCGGCAGGCAUUCUACUGCUGGCGGCCUUUCUCGGCCUGGCCAUCUUCGCCAUAUGGACCAACUUCCAGGACACAAGUAACAUCCAUCACAUACGGCAACGCAAGACACGACACGGGCACAUUCCAUGUGUGUGUGUCGUUUCUCUGAUCCAUUAAAUAUUCCCUCAGCACCACUAGAUUACUACCACAGCGACCCGGAGGGCUUGGGCGCCAGCAUGGACCACAACAUGCACUCGUCGUCCCUCAACGGCACCCAAUACACAUCAUCACACCCAACAGGGCCGGUAGUGCGGUGGCUGCGCAACCGACAAGACGACCUCCGCGACUUCUGCCAGGACCUGCCAUCCCGGUCGUCGAUCGCCAUGCGGGCGCUCCGCGAGAGCGUCAUCGAGCCGGAGGUGGCCGGCAGCGAUGAUGAGCGCACGCGGCUCAAGGGCGGCCUGGCCACGCGGAGGGCGGUGGGGUGGGACAGAUACGCCUUCAAGAGCCACAGGUGCAACUGGGGAGACGAUGAGGACAUAUGGCGGGUGGAGGAGGGAGGCAUGGGCCAGCAUGACAUGGAUGCGGAUGGUCAUGGUGACGGCCAUCAUGACGACAUUGACUACGACGACGACAGCCAGAUCGAGAUGACCACCGGCGGCAGGCGGCAGCAGAGGGACGCCUCCUAUGCGCCCGUGUCCAUGACGGACGAGGAGCCCAGUGGGGGGAGACAGGGGGCGUCGGACAUUGGGGGUGAGGGGGGCAGGCGUAAGGGCAACAGCCGGCAGGUGCCAAACAGCAGCAAUAGGAGUGCGUAUGCGGUCGAGUACAACACAUCGGCCGCCACGCGGACUCACACAAACACGUCGGACAAUGCGAAUUAGCUCUCUGUAUGGUAUGGUCCACACGUCUAUAUGGCGGAUGGCGUGGUGCAUGUGGGUGUGGCGUGUGACUGCACGUUGCACGUUUCUUGCUUGCGUGUGGUGGGUGACUACCGGUAGAUGUGCACUCGCUGCGUACCUUACCACCUUUUGUGAUUGAUG